AUGGCUGCUAGGUUGUAUCAACUUAAAGCUCUCCAGCAAAACACACUUUCCUUACCCACCAAGGAAUAUGGUCACAGCAGAGUGGCAAGAUCGGACAAGAUGGCAGAUAAGGUCAAAUUCUGCUUUGAGUUGCCAGAUCAGGGCAGUAAUGAGCUCUGGAGUCGCUUUGAGUCAAUGAGCAAAGUGGUGGUAAGCCUAUAUGCUGUGGAGGAGAGGAUGAACACCACCUUUUUGACAGCUCCGGGAGCUGUAAAGAGCCUUUGCCGACUUCAAACGCGCUUUGAAGGCCUACCUGGCUAUAGACAACUCUGCUCCAAGGCUUCUCUUACUGAUGUAAACUCUGCUUGCUGUCCCAUUUGGUCGUUGGCUAAUUUCAUCGCUUCUAUAGUCAACAAAACUUCCUGUCAUCAGAUCACAGAGGGGGAUGUGAAGAGAGUGAAAAACCUCUACGAGACAUGCAAGAAGCCGUUUCUAUCGGGUGAAUUAAAACGAGCCUGUUGGGACGCGACAGCGCCGUCACGUUGGCUGUGUCCAGAUGUACCGCCACAGUGCUUCGCCCACCCGCACCUCUUGCUGCUUCUGGCAAUCGCGGCGCCGCCCCCGUACCAUCAUCAUUACCUUAACGGCGCUGGAGGAUGGAAUGUCACCCUCCUUGUGCUGCCUGUGUGGAAGCGAGUGGGCCUCAAACUCUGGCAUCUUGCUUCCCUUGAUCGACCGCAGACUCUCACUGAUCUCACACGGAAUCUCACUCCUCCCCUCACCAUUGAAAUUUGGGUCUCUAUACAUCCACGGAACGACUGCUGUGGAGACGUUGCUACUGACGAAGGCAGUGGGGAUGAAAAGGCGGCGAGGUUGCGUUUGCGAGCGCAGCGAAUGGCUGAUACGCUGCGCCACGCAGUCCCCUCGGUCUGUCUGACCAGUCUGUCUACACUGGGAGGCCUACUGGUGAGCCUCAACUCAGCCAUCGUUGCGGUCAAGCGCUUCUCCGUCUAUGCCAGCCUCACCGUUCUCUGCCACGUCGUUUACGUCCUUGCAGUUAUGCCCACUCUGCUCCUCCUCUUCGUCCCACCCCACCGCCGCCGCUGCUGCCACUUUCUCCGCCCCCUCCGUCUACCUCGCUUCUGCCUUGCCGACCUCCUUGUAAUCAAGAUGCGCUUCACCUUUCCCCUUCUCCUCCUCUCCGUUAUCGUCACCUCGGCCUACCUCCUUUUCCACGCUGGAUGGCUUACCUUUCCCUUCGGCCCUCUUCAGCCCGCAUUCUACCGACCCGCUCACCCUGCUGAGGUCUAUCGUCUUCGUGGAGGCGAAUUCUCUUGGGCUGAGUAUACCCUUCGUAGCCACCGUAGCCUUAUCUCCCUCCAUCUCGUUUGGGGUGUCCAACCUCAUGAUCCGCGCAAUCACUGGACGUGGACGCCCUACGACAAUGAUGUGGUCGUUCCUCAACCCCUCUGGCGGGAGGAUUUCAAUCUUACUACGCCCGUGUCUCUCUCCUGGUUGUCCGCCUUUUGCUCAGAGAUCACUAAAAUGCCCCGCUCUUUCGCUCCACCCUCCAUUCUGCCUCGUAGCAGCUUUUUAGAGGAGGACGCUCUUCUUCUAUCACAAAACUAUGGUUGUGUAUUCGGCCGGAGUGUGUUUUCCUUCAGGGACUUUAACGAAUCCACGCCGAUGUGUUACCAAAACACAGCUUCCUGUUUGACCGCUUUCGCGGAAGCUUCAUCAAUCCCCACAGGAAUGCGAUUUUCCUUGGACACAGCGCGUAUCGUCGGACUGGUGAUUUCUGCUACUGUUAACUUCUCCCUCGCCAAUACUACCUUCUCGGCGGUACAGGAAUUCACUCAGCAUGUGGAGACCUGGUUCUCCACCCUCCUUGCAACUGCACCGAAUGGACUUUUGGCUAUCAUCCGGUCCAAUGGGAACGAGGAUGCUUCGUGGAAACGUCGAUGUCAGAGGGCAUUGGGGACGGUGGGAUGGGCUGUUACCGGUGCAGCCUUAAGCACUGCACUUGCGGGAUCUGCGGUACUUCCCAGCCACCUGAAGUGCUACCAACAGAUGGGAUUGUUCCUGCUCAUUCUCAUGACCUCAGCUCUGCUGCUCUGCGGCAUCGCGUUUGUCGGCUCGGUUGCCUGCCUGCCGGACAAGUGUAUCAUGGCCUGUUGGAGAAAUCGAGAGACCACAAAUGCCGCGGUUUCUUGA